UUCACUUUUUUUUCUUUUUUUUUCGAUGGAUCAAAAUUUCGCUGCGAGCGUCGAACAGGCGCUUGCCGGUCUCUUCAAUGCAGGCAUCAAUCCCGAGCAGACCCAGCAGUACAUGAACAUGCUCUCCGAAUGCCGUGAGCACUCUGAGGUCCACUUCAUUGUCAUUCUUGCAAACUUGCUCGCCGAUGCCACCAAGUCAGAGAUGCUGCGCUACCAAGCUGGCAUGCAGCUCAAGAACUGCCUGAGCAGCAAGGAUCCCGAGGUGCUGCAGGAGCUCUACGACCGAUGGAUCACGUACGACGAAAGCGUCCGCAUGCAAGUCAAAAACCAGGUCUCGUCCACCUUGAGCGUUCCGACGGUCUCCAAGGCCGCCGCGCAGUGCAUCAGUGCCAUCCUUGUGGCCGAGUCGUCGCCCACCAUGCCAAUGCAAGCCGAUUUUGUUAACUACCUGAGCGAGACUUCCCGCUCUGGUGCCGACCUUAACUCGCGCCUGACGUGCUUGGAAGCGCUCGGCUAUCUCUGCGAAGAGCUGUACGAUGCAGAGCGCCAAGACUGCAUUUCCGAGGCCUCGGUGAACGACAUUCUGUCUGCGCUGCAUGCCAACGUUGUCGACCCCCCGAGCAUUCUUGCUCGUCGCAACGCCAUUCGUGCGCUCGGCUUUGUCAUUAUGUGCAUGGGCAAGAACAUGCAGGAUAAGACCGAAUGCGACCAGAUUGUCGGCAUUAUUGUGCAGUGCGCCGAGCUCGCAGACCCCGCUGAAUCCGAGGCUCGCAUCUAUGGUCUUGAGGCCCUGAGCAAGUGGGUGAACGAGUACUACGAACUGUCGACUCCGUACAUGGAUAACUUCUUCCACGUCACGCUGACGGCCAUGACCUCGCCCGAUGUCGAGGACGGCGUCGUUCAGCAGGGUAUCGAGUUUUGGGCUGGCGUGUGCGAGAACGAGAGCUCCAUCAAACAGCACAACGAAGACUGCGUCGCCUCGGGCAUGCCGCAGAACUGCAGCCAGUUCAACGGCUAUGCCGUCGGCGCCGUGCCGCGCAUCUUCCCCGUUGUUCUCAACCUCCUGAUGCGUCUUGACGACGAGGAGCAGGACCUCAGCGCGGACGAUGACUACAACAUCCACUCCGCCGCCUCUGUCUGCGUCGAAGCCUUCGCCAGCGCCGCCCCGGACGCAGUUCUUGACCCCACCUUCACAUUUGUCAAUGACAACAUGCGCUCCCCGCUUUGGCAAGGCCGCAAUGCUGCGCUGCUCGCGUUCGGCUCCAUUCUGGAAGGCCCGAAAAGCAUGGAGAGCCUCUGCUUCCAAAUCAUUCCCGAGCUUGCGUACGCCGUCUCCUCGCAGGAGCCGACGCUCGCUGUUCGCGAUACUGCUGCCUGGACCAUCGGGCGCGUUGCGGAGCUGUACGGCGCCUCGUUGCUUGGCCACGAACAGUUCAAUGAGAUUCUGCAACACCUGUUCCAGUGCCUGUCGCUGCACCCCGUGCUCGCCAACCACGCCUGCUACGCCUUCCAUACCAUCAACGAAGCCGCCUACGCACAAGCCGAUGUCGUCGACGAAGCCGACCCUCCCACCUACGCGCUUUCGCCGUUCUUUGCCGACCUUGUGAACCAGCUCCUCGUGGUGUCCAACGCACGCGAGCACGCCGGUCAGGACGUGUCCGGCGACGCAUACAGCAAGCUUGAAGCGUCUGCUUUCGAGUGUCUCUCAGAAGUGGUGCAGGAAUCGCCCCAAGACUGCUUGCCGGCGGUCCGCGACCUCGGCGUUCAGCUGUACCAUCAGCUGACUGGCCAGUUGCAAUCUGCCGCCUCCAUUGUCAACGUGGACGACUCGAUUCGCUUCUCCGAGCGUGUGACGUACUUGGCUCAAACCAUCACCUAUGUCCUCAACCGUCUCGACCCCGCAUCACUAGGCGAUCUGGGCACCAAUGUGUACAAUCUUGCCAUCAACAUGGUCCACCAGAACGUUCUGAACACUCGCGAAGAUGCGCUUUACCUGCUUAUUGCCCUCAUCCAGGCCUACCAAAGCGAUCUUCCCCGCCAAGUCGUGCCGCAGCUCAACGAAGUUAUGAACCUUUGCUUUGCAGAUUUGAGCGAUCACGAGAUGGUCAAGCUCGCUCUCAGCAUGUUUGGCGAUCUUUGCCGCUCCAUCGCUACCGACGUGGCGCCGUUUGCUAACGACUGGAUUGCCAUGAUCCAGCAGCUCCUUGCCUCGGAGCAAGUGCACUUCUCAGUCAAGCCGCAAUUGUUCUGCACUCUGGGCGACAUUGCCAUCGCGCUUGGCCCGAACUUUGCCCCCUUCUUGCCGAGCACCUUCCAAAUCCUGAUCGAGGCUUUCGGAAUUACGCAGACCAGCUUGGCCUCUGUGCCCGACGCCGAGUACGCAACCGUGCAGCCCCUGCAAGAGAUGCUUGAAGGCAUCAUUGAAAGCCUGGUUGGCAUUAUUCAAGGCUUCAAGGGCAUCAAGAAGGUUGCCGACCCGAGCAUUCACCAGCUUAUCCCUUACGGCGAGUUCAUCUUGAAAGUCGUCCAGGACGUCUCCAAGCUUCGUGAGGUGUCUCGCACUGAUGGAAUGGUCAAGGGCAUUGUUGGCAUGAUCGGUGAUUUGUGCCACGGCUUCUCGGCUAGCACCGGAAUCGAUGCUGCCGCAUUCUUCCGUGCCGACCCGCCGACCAUGCGCAUGAUCGAAUACGGUGAACGUUCCGCAAACACCGAUACCCAGCGACUUUCCAAGUGGGCUCGCAAGUGCGUCCUUCGCCCAACCCGUUAAACGCCCGUGCCUGUUGAUUUCUAGUCCUCUGAUGCUUUGUUGUCGUUGUGACCAAGGCGUUCUGCCCUCCAAAAGAGAACCGAGAGGAGAUUGAAAAGAGCGAGAGAAAUGAGAGAGAGAGAGAGAGAGAGAGAAACAGCGAUCGAAAAGAAAACCCCCAAACCACACCCAACCACUAACACUUACCCCCCUUAACCCACCCUCACCCCACUACCAAGUUUUGUUCCCGUUGAUGUGUCGCCUUCCUUGCGUUGCUCCAUCAAUUACAUGCUAUAUUCAACCAACAA